UGCUAUGGUCAGUCAGUCAGCGGUUGUAAACAAGGAAGAGGAUCUGGUAACGUUCCAUAUAAUGGACAGGAACCACACAGCAGUAGUGCUGUUUGACAGUAAGAAUGGUUUAGUUUGUUAUCAGCCCGGAGGGGGAAACAUCUGUCUAGUUCGAAAAAUGUUGGCUGCUGACCAAAAGAAUAUUCACACUGUCAUCACUGCCCAGAAGCAUAAGCUGUUGCUGCCAAGAAAUGAAACCCAAUUCUCCAGGGAAUAUCUUGGAAUUCUGAGUAGAAAGAAAGUGGACCCACUGACUUUGGGCGAUCAUAUUGACAGGCUCUGCAAUCACACCUCUAUUUAUUGGCUGCAGAAAAGUAACAGGCCUGCACAGCAACGGCUGAUCUACUUCUGCAUCGAUAUCUGUUUUCCAAACAAUGUCUGUGUCUCUGUGUGUUUUUACUAUCUGCCAGAUUAAACAUUUCCUGCAUUAUUUCCUUACAUUAACCUUUACGAUGAACAUAGCUGAUUUGUUUUAAAAACAGUGACUUAAUUGCUUUUCCCUUACUCUUACAAUUCUGAUUUCUUUCUUUCCCAAUUCUUAUUCAAUGCUCCAACUAUUAAUUAAUCAGCUUCAAUGCAAGAAUAGAUAACAACCUAUGUAUGCCGGGGGGGUUGUUGUUGAAGGGGAGGAAGUUAUUUUUGUUAGCCUGGUUAGUCUGUUGAAUACAAAAUGUCACUUCUUCCCUAUUUCAGAAUUAAACUAUUUUGAUAUUGAAGUAGUAGUGGUUAAAAAUCAACAAAAUUCAAGAUUUUACAAUGACAUCAGAGAACUAGUUUCUUUAUAUAGUGCUUAAUGCCAUUGCCUAUUUGUUACCCGAUGUACCUCAUCAAUUUAUAUGUUUUUGAGGUUUCCAGAGAAACAAUAAAACUGAUGAACUCAUCAUGGAUACAUCUUUAUUGGCAUAGUUUAUAACAUCCAGACAUGGGAUCACUUCAUUGUCAAAGUCUCUAAACUGCACCCAUUCACAGAACAAGGGAAGUGGGAGGGUAGAAUAAGGCCACUCAUUGCAAACUCAGUACUGAUAUGGAAGAGGUCCUUAAUCUGAACCAUACAUGCAGAAUACCAAAAAUAUAUGUGCUCAAAAAAAGUGAGACUGAAAAACGCAUGUGCACUUCCUCAAUGCUUUUCUUGAUCCUGGAUCUUUCUAGAGUGUUUUACACCCAAAGGACUUUUGGGUAUAGCCACUAUUUUAGUUUAGAGAAAAAAGCAUCAAAUUUGCUUUUGUACACAGUGUAUAUUGCAAAAAUGUUAAAUCUGUUCCUCCAUAGAUGUAAUCUGACUAGUGGAGUAUUUCUAACAUUCUCUGUUUUUAUUUCAGAUUUCCAGUGUCUUCAGUAAUUUACUUAUGUGUAUGUGCUGAAACGUUACGUGGUUUUAAAACCAUACAGUUAUUCAGAGACAAAAAAGAAAUAAGAUUUGCACUUAUAGAGUGCCAUGUCUCCACAGGCCAUUCCAAACAUAACAGUUUAAUGAUA